AGAGCUCCAGUUGUCACUCCUACCCACACUGGGCCUGGGGGUGAAGGGAAGUGUUUAUUAGGGGUACAUGUGAAGCCGUCCAGAAGUGUCAGAGUCUUUGUAGCUUUGAAAGUCACCUAGGUUAUUUGGGCAUGCUCUCCUGAGUCCUCUGCUAGUUAAGCUCUCUGAAAAGAAGGUGGCAGACCCGGUUUGCUGAUCGCCCCAGGGAUCAGGAGGCUGAUCCCAAAGUUGUCAGAUGGAGAGUAAAUACAAGGAGAUACUCUUGCUAACAGGCCUGGAUAACAUCACUGAUGAGGAACUGGAUAGGUUUAAGUUCUUUCUUUCAGACGAGUUUAAUAUCGCCACAGGCAAACUACAUACUGCAAACAGAAUACAAGUAGCUACCUUGAUGAUUCAAAAUGCUGGGGCGGUGUCUGCAGUGAUGAAGACCAUUCGUAUUUUUCAGAAGUUGAAUUAUAUGCUUUUGGCAAAACGUCUUCAGGAAGAGAAGGAGAAAGUUGAUAAGCAAUACAAAUCGGUAACAAAACCAAAGCCACUAAGUCAAGCUGAAAUGAGUCCUGCUGCAUCUGCAGCCAUCAGAAAUGAUGUCGCAAAGCAACGUGCUGCACCAAAAGUCUCUCCUCAUGUUAAGCCUGAACAGAAACAGAUGGUGGCCCAGCAGGAAUCUAUCAGAGAAGGGUUUCAGAAAGGCUGUUUGCCAGUUAUGGUACUGAAAGCAAAGAAGCCCUUCACGUUUGAGACCCAAGAAGGCAAGCAGGAGAUGUUUCAUGCUACAGUGGCUACAGAAAAGGAAUUCUUCUUUGUAAAAGUUUUUGAUACACUGCUGAAAGAUAAAUUCAUUCCAAAGAGAAUAAUUAUAAUAUCAAGAUAUUAUCGGCACAGUGGUUUCUUAGAGGUAAAUAGUGCCUCAUGUGUGUUAGAUGCUGAAUCUGACCAAAAGGUUAAUGUCCCACUGAACAUUAUCAGAAAAGCUGGUGAAACCCCGAAGAUCAACACGCUUCAAACUCAGCCCCUUGGAACAAUUGUGAAUGGCUUGUUUGUAGUCCAGAAGGUAACAGAAAAGAAGAAAAACGUAUUAUUUGACCUAAGUGACAACACUGGGAAAAUGGAAGUACUGGUGGUUAGAAACGAGGACACAAUGAAAUGUAAGGAAGGAGAUAAGGUUCGACUUACAUUCUUCACACUGUCAAAAAAUGGAGAAAAACUACAGCUGACAUUUGGAGUUCAUAGCACCAUAAAGGUUAUUAAGGCCAAAAAAAAAACCAUAGAGAAAUAAAAAGGACCAAUUCAAGCCAACUGGUCUAAGCAGCAUUUAAUUGAAGAAUAUGUGAUACAGCCUCUUCAAUCAGAUUGUAAGUUACCUGAGAGCUGCAGUUCACAGGCUCCUCUCUCCACCAAAUUAGGAUAGGAUAAUUGCUGGAUAAACAAAUUCAGAAUAUCAACAGAUGAUCACAAUAAACAUCUGUUUCUCAUUCAUUACAGUCCCACUAUCUCAUUUAGUUUGUCAAUCCCUUGUCUCAAGCGAAAAUACUUUAUCAAUGUAUUAUAUGUUUAUACAAAUUUAAAAGUGAACUAUAUGACAACAAUUGCACAAAAUACAAGAGGGAAGAAUUAGGAGUACACUGUUAGAAGAUCCUGUACAACAUGUGAAGCAGUGCAGUAUUAUUUGAAAGUAGAUACUGAAUAAUUAAAGAUGUAUAUUUUGUCCCAUAGGGCAAUGAUUUAGAAAUAUUUUAAAAGGUAUAGAAAUAAUAACACAAUUUUGUGUUAUUGGAGAAAGAAUAAGCAUAAAGCCCAAUGGAAAACUAGAGAGCCAAAACUAGGCUUGCACAUUUACAGUCUAUUGAUUUUCUACAAAAGUACAACACAGUUCAAUGGAGAAAAGACUAAAAAAAAGCUACAACAAUUAGAUAUCCAUACUUAAAAAAAUGAAUCUGAGCCAUUCCUCACUCUUUAUACAAAAAUAAACUCCAAACAGAUCAUGGGCUUUUCAUAAACAUCUAAAACCAUAAAACUUCUACAAGAAAACAUGGGAGAAAAUCUGUGUGAUCUUGGUGUAGGCAAAGAUUAAAGAUUUAGAUAUCACACCAAAAGCACAAUCUACAUAACAUAAAUGCUUAAUAAUUUGAACUUCAUCAAAAUGAAGAACUUCUGUUCUUCAAAAGGUACCAUUAAGAGCAUUGAAAGGCAAACCAUAGAUUGGGGCUUAAUAUUUGUUAGUCACACAGCUGCUGAAGACCCUGUAUCCAGGCCAGGCACGGUGGCUCACACCUGUAAUCCCAGCACUCUGGGAGGCCCUGGCGGGUGGAUCACCUGAGGUCAGGAGUUUGAGACCAGCCUGGCCAACAUGGUGAAACCCCAUCUCUACUUAAAAAAAAAAAAAAAUAGCCGGGCAUGGUGGUGGGCACCUGUAAUCCCAGCUACUCGGGAGGCUGAGGCAGGAGAAUCACUUGAACCCGGGAGGCGGAGUUUGCAGUGAGCUGAGAUCGCGCCAUUGCACUCCAGCCUGGGUAACAGAGUAAGACUCUGUCUCAAAAAACAAAAACAUCCUGUAUCCAGAAUUUAUAAAGAACACUCAAAAUUCAAUAAUUGCAGAACAACCAAUUAAAUGUUUAAAAUGGGCAAAAAGAUGAUACAUGGAAGUCAAAUAAGCACAUAAAAAUACACUCAACAUAAUUCAUCUUUAAGGAAAUGGAAACUAAAACUACAGUGAGAUACCAUUAUAUAUUUAUUAGAACAGCUAAAAUUAAAAUUAAAAUAGAUUACCCAUACCAAGUGCUGACAAAGAUUUGAAAAAACUGAAACUCUUGUGCACUGCUGGUGGGAAUGUCAAAUGGUAUAACCUUUAUGCAAAAGAGUUUGUCCAUUUUUAAAAACUUAAUAUGCAUCUACAAUGCUAAGGUCUGAGGAGGAUACAGAGCAAUUGAAACUCUUACUUAUUGCUGGUGGGAAUGAAAAGUCACAUUAGAAAAGAGUUUGGAAAUUUCUUAUAAAUUUAAACAUAUGCUUACCACAUGACACAGCAAGCUUGCUGUAAGUUUUUUAUCCACUUGAAAUAAUUAUGUAUGUUCACACAAAAAUCUGCAUGUAAAUAUUCAUGAAAGUUUAUUUGUAAUUAUGCAAAAGUGUAAAAAACUCGAUUAUCCCUCACCUGAAAAAUGAAUAAACAAACUUUGGUAGAUCCACAUAAUUGAAUUGUACUCAGCAAUAAAAAGGAAUAACUACUGACACCGA